CGAUGAAAGCCCAUAUCGGACUCCUCUUUGCGGUUGUUGCUACCGCACGAUCGGCCUCCAGCGAUAUCGAUGUACGAGCCAUCGACACGACGGACAGGACCGAUUCGUUGAUUUCGCACGCUUCCGCGCGAAAUCUGCUUGUUGCCGACAGCGACCCAAAAGCUGCAUCCGACAACCCGAUGACCAGUGCCAGCGGCCCAAGACCCGCUCAUAUCAUGGACACCGAUUUUAGCUUUUUGGGCAACAACGGUGUCGGUGCGCCUGGCUCUCCGAGCAACAACGGCGGCGGUGCAUCCGUCAACAACAGCGGCGAUGUGUCAGGCAACAACGGCGGCGGUGUGUCAGGCAACAACGGCGGCGGUGCGUCCGUCAACAACGGCGGCGGUGUGUCAGGCAACAACGGCGGCGGUGGGUCAGGCAACAACGGCGGCGGUGUGUCCGUCAACAACGGCGGCGAUGUGUCAGGCAACAACGGCGGCGGUGUGUCCGUCUUCAACGACGGCGGUACGCCAGGCAACAACGGCGGCGGUGUGUCAGGCUCUCCGAGCAACAAUGGCGGCGGUGCGUCAGGCAACAACGGUGUCGGUGCGUCAGGCAACAACGGCGGCGGUGUGUCAGGCUCUCCGAGCAGCAACGGCGGCGGUGUGUCAGGCUCUCCGGGCAACAACGGCGGCGGUACGCCAGGCAACAACGGCGGUGGUACGCCAGGCUCUCCGAGCAACAGCGGCGGCGGUGCGUCAGGCAACAACGGUGUCGGUGCGUCAGGCAACAACGGCGGCGGUGUGUCAGGCUCUCCGAGCAGCAACGGCGGUGGUACGCCAGGCUCCCCGAGCAUGAAAGAUUUGGACGCACCAAGCGUUUCAGGUAUCGGCGGUGGAUACAAGCCGGUUCAUCAAAGCGACGGCGACAGAUCUGCUUGGAGACGCGGUGAUGCGAACGGUGUCACCGAUACGAGAGGUGUCAACCGACCGAGAGGUGUCAACGGCUACAAGGGUGGCCACAAGGGCGUGAAGAAUGGCGGCUAUCAAAACGCUAAUGGGAACAAGUCUGUGAUCAAGGAAGCCAACCUAAAAAACUUGAAGUACGGGACCAACAACAUUCCCAACGAAGACAUUGACCACUGGCACGACAGCGCCGAUUCUGCCGCCAACGAUCAAGGUGGCUACAUUCGCAACGAGAGUUCUCGAUUCCGACCGAGCUACUCAGACGCUGACAACGAGAGCGAUGACGCGUACCACCAUGCUCUUGACAACGAUUACGACACCGGCUACGACUCGCAUGAUAAUUGGUGGCACGACCACAUCGCCGAUUCGAACGAUGCUACGCCUUCGUAUCCUUCUCGUCCAAGCCCCGGGCAUGAGUACCCGAACUUUGAGAACGCGAGCGACGACGUCUAUGACCACUUUGCCGACUCGGACGACGAGUGCCCGUUCCAGCCGUGCCACCAACUCGAAACGAUCGAGUACGGCAAGUGCGUGUACCGCCAGCUAGCGCCAGGCACCUUGUGCGCCGGCCAGAGCUGCGACAACGGCGGGCCCUGCGACGACGACGAGAAGGACUAUUGCGACAGUGACGGCACGUGUGUCAACGGCUACCGUAUUGAAACCUAUGUUCCUUGCCGCCCUGCAGUGAGUGCGUGCGACGUGCCCGAGUACUGCAACGGCAAGCAAAGCGAGUGUCCCGUCGACAAGUUUUCUCCGCGGACACAAAAGUGCAUUGGCCAUUCCAACGGUGGCGACUGCGACACGACCGACCACUGCGACGGCCGGGGCCACUGCGUCGACGGCUUUCGCGGCUCGAGUUUCGUCUGCCGUGCGGCGCGCGACGCCUGCGAUGCGCCCGAGCACUGCACGGGGCACAGCGGCAUGUGCCCUCACAACCGGUUCGCUGACAAGAGCACCGACUGCACCGGCAUGGGCAGGUCGUCAAAGGGGCCUUGCGACGCCCGCGAUCGCUGCGACGGCAAGGGCAACUGCAUCGACCGCUACCACGGCCCCGACCACAUCUGCCGCAAACCGCGCGAUGAGUGCGACGUGCCCGAGUACUGCACCGGCGACAGCCGGGAUUGUCCCGACGACGAGUUUGCCGACACUUCAGUCACUUGCAGUGGCGCCUCGUCCCACGGCGCGUGCGACAGCGUUGACUACUGCGACGGCCACGGCAACUGCAUCGACCAGUUCCUCGACAGCGACCACGUCUGCCGCAAGGAACGCGACGUCUGUGACCUCCCCGAGUACUGCACGGGCGUCCACGGCAGCUGUCCCCGCAACGAAUUUGCAUCCGCAGGCACUGUGUGCACACCGAUCGGUGCGUCGUCCAACGGUCCUUGCGAUGCCAUCGACUACUGCGACGGCCGUGGCACUUGCGUCGACAACUACAACGUUGACACGCUUUGCUACGAUCCACGGGGGUUCUGCGAAUCAGGGCGCUUCUGCAACGGCGCGUCCGGGGCGUGUCCCGCCGCAGGGUACGGCCACGACUACGUGCUUCUCGCUGACGACGCCAGCAUGACCGAAGUCGUCAUGCACAACUUUCGCAUGUGCUCGGCCAAAGUCGCGGAAGGUCUCGUGUCGGUCGACGGCACCAUGCCGAGCCACUCGGUCUUUGUCCUUUUAGCCAGCGUCGCCCUCGUUGCGGUUGUCGUGGCGAUCGUUGUCACCAAGGGCAAGCCGAUGUCAAGUGCUGGAAACGACGACGGCUACGUCCUCGUUACCGAAAAUGUCUAGCCGUGCUCACGGCUCCGUGUCGAUGUGAAAUUUGUAUGACAAACUUACAAAC